AGAGGAGAGCUGUGUUUAUUAUUUAAUCCUCUUCCCCACACCUCCGCUCUUUAACCGUUUUAUUUAAGUUAUAAAACAGAUGCCAUGAUGUGAAGAAUACAGAAACGGUACCCAGAAGCAGUGGUAAACAGGUGUUUACAGAUCAGCAAGUGAGCAACUUAAAGGAGGGACACACGUUAUUAAGACAGUGAGGGCGAUGGAACAAGGUGUGGUGGACAGUCCUGUCAUCCUGGUCAUCAAAGCUCCUGAUCAGAAGUAUGAUGACCAGACUAUCAACUGUUUCCUGGAUUGGACUGUAGAGAAACUGAAGAGCCACCUGUCCAACGUUUAUCCCAGCAAACCUCGUUUCAAGGAUCAGAGGUUGGUAUACUCUGGGAAACUCCUUCAGGAUCACUGCAAGCUUCGAGAUGUGCUCAGAAAGCAGGAUGAAUUCCACAUGCUGCAUUUAGUUUGUGCUUCUCGCAGUCCUCCUUCAACACCGACCACACGUAGGAGAAACACCAGUAACCAGCAGUCUUUGAAUCCUAACAACUCUGAAAAUCCUGCUUCUGGUGAUGGUUUACAGUCAACUUCAUCAGAAGAAACCUCUGAUAGAUUGAAUCAGAACUCAGGCCUUAGCUAUAAUCACCUGCCAUCACCUGGGUCUGCAUGGGCUCAAUGGUUUGAUCAGCACAGACGCAACACCACUAUGCCACACUACCCUAUGUACAACCCUUGGACUCUGCUCUGGUGGCAGCAGGUCUAUGCCUGGCAUUGCCAUGUCAACUAUCAAACAUGGGUCGCCUCUCUCAGGUCUCAGGAGUCUCAGCAGUCGGCCGCUCCCUCGGAGGAACCCGCUGUUGCUCGUGAGAACCCCCAAAAUGUUCGAGUAGACGAGCGACUGAACGAGGAGGAUCUGAACCGUGAUUGGUUGGACUGGGUAUACGCUGCAUCUCGAGCCGUCGUUCUCCUCAGCCUCAUUUAUUUUUAUUCCUCCUUCAAUCGGUUCGUCAUGGUAAUGGGAGCCAUGCUGCUGCUGUACCUGCAUCAGGCUGGAUGGUUACCUUUCAACCUGGAUAACGAUCGACAGGACCUUGCAGGACCAGCCAAUCAGGAUGAGCCCAAUGCACAGAAUCACAACGACUUGCAAGAAACGGAGCAGCUGGCAGAUGAGGACGAGGAAGAAGAGGAGGAGCAGAGAGGAGACAUACCAGACAAUGAUGAAGGAUGGGUGAACAUGGGCUUCAUCUCCUCUAUAUGGUCUUUUAUAACCACGUUUUUCGCCUCGCUCAUUCCUGAGGCUGUUCCAAAUGCUGUGAACUGACCCGGUAUUUUAUUUCAGAUCUAGCACAGCGUCGUUCACCGUUAAUCUUUUGCACGAUCAUUUACAAACGACUUGUAGAUACUUCAGUGGAGAAAAACAAAUCUGGAAAAAAACCCUUAGUGAAUAGGAUGGUGUGCAUGAACAAACCAGUACAGAUUACAGAGUUGUGUGUGCGAAAUAACCAUGAAAACAAAAUGUUUCUACACCACCUCUGCUGCCAAAACACUUGAUUAUGUUUUUACAUCAGUGCUCUGACUAUAGUCUCUUUUUGUCCAAUUUUAUUUCAACAAGUCUAUGAGUUUUUUUUAUCAAUUGAUCAAAUUCAUAAUAAAAUCGUUUGGAUGACGCAUCAGUAUGCUAUGCUGGGUGGGAGUCUACAGUCGACAUGACUGGCUAUGUCUUGGGGAAUGAACAAAGCCCUGUGAUGGAUUGGCAUACUAUCCAGGGUAUUCAUGCCUUUCGUCCAGUUUAUCCCAGUAAAACUGGACCUGCUGUGACCCUGGCCAGGUUGGUGGAUGUUGAAAAUGAUAUGAAAAUCAUAAAGUUUUAUUUAAAAAUUAUAAUAAUAAUAAUAAUAAAAAACCUAAUAUAACUCCAAAAUGCAAGAGGGCUUGCAUAUAAAAACACAUGUAAUAAGUAACAUUUUGGUAAAUUAUGUUAGCCCACUACAGCUGGAAUUCAGGGUAUGAAUCCCUUGCAGUGCUAUUGGCUAGUCGGGCAUCUAUUUACAGACAUGAUUGACUAUGUCUGAGUGGGAUGGCCAAGACUAUAGUCUCUUUUGUCCAGUUUUAUUGCAACAAGUCUAUAAGUUCUUUAACAAUUGAUCAAAGUAAUAAUAAAAAUAUUAUUAGUAAUAAUAACAAUAAUUAAGUGUUUGGGUCUAUUAUGCUAGCUCACCACUGGCCAGGUUGGUGGAUGUUAAAAACGAAAUGAAAAAAAAGUCAUAACUUUUAAUUUAAAAAUAAUAUUAAUAAGCCGCUCAGGUGGCGCAGCGGUAAAAACACACUCUAGAACACCAGAGCUGGGAUCUCGAAUACAUCGCAUCGAGUCUCAGCUAUGCCUACCGGCUGGGCUGUGAAACCAUAUGAACAACGAUUGGCCUGUUGUUCAGAUAGGGGUGGGAUAUUAAAAAGCCUGAUAGGGACUCUCUCAUAACUGAUGCAAUUACGACCUCUGCUGGCUGAUUGAUGGCGCCUGCACAUAGAUGGGAAAAGAGUGCUGUCAGGGUGUGUCUCUCUGUACACAACGCUGAUCCGCAUUGCACUCGUAAAAGUGUAGGUGACAAAAUGCAUACGGCUGCUGCCCACGUGUAGGAGGGGGAGUGGGUUAGCUUUGUAUAUAUAUAUAUAUAAUACACCUAAUACUACACCGAAAUGCAAGAGGGUUUGCAUAUAAUAAAAUACAUGUAAUAAGUUACAUUUUGGUGCUCGGGUGGCACAGUGGUAAAUUAUGUUAGCCCACUACCACUGGAAUUCAGGGUUUGAAUUCUUUGCAGUGCUAUCGGCUAGUCGGGCGUCUAUUUACAGACAUGAUUGACUACGUCUGAGUGUAAUGGUCGUGGCCCCGAGAUGUAUGUAUUGGUGUUUUGUACAGGGUGUGUGUACUGUAACAUACCAAGAGAUUCUGGGAAAAUUGGACCCACCAUGACCCUGACCAAGACAAUUUUGCGGUAAAACACGAAAAUGAAAUGAAAGUUUACACUAAUAUUUUGGUGAAUGAUUACAUUAUACAUCUAUAAAACAAAUCUUGAAGGUAUUAAUAAUAAGAUAAUGUUAAUCAGAUAGAAGUUCCAGGAUUUAUAACUAGGUCAGGUUAUCUGAGUAAGGGUUUUUUAUUUGGAUUAAAAACACCUAUAGAGCCAGUGUUUCUAAUGUUGUUAUGAAUACUCAUAUAGAAUUAAGGGCUAUUUACAAAAAUCAGAUGCACCAUAAUGAUUAACAGAAGUCUUGCAUUGGCUGAACAAAGGAAUCAGGAUGGGCUAUAUUGCUUUAGGAGAUGAGUAGGAUUUGCAGACCAAUAUGUAAAUCAAUAUGUCAGUAACAUGACCUUGUUGUCAACAUGUAAUAAAAAUAUAUUUACUAAAAAAAA